GUCAACUUUCCAAUCCCUAAAACGGAUCUAGAAAUCUGCCUAGACAGAUCUAAGAAGUAUUAAGAAUGAUGAGCAGGACUUUGUGUUGACUUGAUGUGAGAAGACUGAGGUUUUGAGGAUAGCUUUGAGGUUGCUCCUGGAGCUCCCAGGAUGAUCUUGUUACUAACUGCAAGUAAAACAGAAGUCUAGAAGAAAUCAUCAUUUUCUGAAAGAAGAUGAUGAACUUGGAUUUUUAGGGAUUGUAGUUUUAGAUGCUUCCCUGUGGAUGUUCUUUAGAAUCAUGCAUCUGGAAACUGGAAUAUCAUUUUAGAGGGUGUGGAGACUGAAACCCAGAGAUGGUCCAAAAUUCCUAUGUCAAGACUGUGGGGGAAGCAGAUGCUCCAGACUUCUGAUGCUCCACCCACUACGUACACAAAACUAAGGAUAGGGAAUGAGAGGUCUGGAGUAGAGGCCUGAAAAUCUGGGAAUCACCAGGAUUCUAUCGGAGGUGGUAAUGGACCGUGUUGUGCCAUUAAAAUAAAUGUUAUGAAGACGGAAACCAUUUGCCAAAGAUUUCACAACAAACCCACGGAAGUGAAAGUAAAUGAUUAAAAAAUCAGAGGAAACCAUUUUGGUAGUGUCUGUGUGAGUCAUCCACAAUGAUUUCUCUGGGGCGCUUCUUGUUCUCGAUUUUUCUCUGCCAUGUUGCUACUGCAGGACGGACCUGUCCCAAACCAGAUGUUUUACCAUUUGCCACCGUUGUUCCAUUAAAAGAAUCCUAUGACCCAGGGGAGCAGAUCGUGUACUCCUGCCAUGCGGGCUACGUGUCCCGGGGUGGGAUGAGGCGGUUCACCUGCCCUCUCACAGGACUUUGGCCCAUCAACACCCUGAGGUGUACCCCCAGAGUAUGUCCUUUUGCUGGAAUCUUAGAAAAUGGAGCUGUACGCUACACAACUUUUGAAUAUCCCAACACGAUCAGUUUUGCUUGUAACACUGGGUUUUAUCUGAAUGGAAGUAGUUCUGCUCGAUGCACCGAGGAAGGAAAAUGGAAUGUUGACCCUCCUGUCUGUACUCCUGUAACCUGCCCUCUACCAUCCAUUCCUAAGUUUGCAACCCUUAGUGAUUAUAAGCCAUUUGCUAAAAACCACUCCCUCUACGGAAACAAGGCUGUCUUCGAAUGUUUGCCACACUAUGCCAUGUUUGGAAAUGAUACAAUUACCUGCACAGCACACGGAAAUUGGACUACAUUACCAGAAUGCAGAG